CAAACUAAACCCGUGAUGCGCGCGCAGGUGAAGAGAUCAGCCCCUGCACGGCGCGAGGUUUUGUGUUGUGCCUCAAGAAGCAGCAGCUCAGACGAUGUGUGCGCCCCUGUUCUAGACGCAUUACGGUAGACCAAACUGUCCCCUAACACAUCGCCAACACAAGACACAAGCCGAGUAAUUCAACACUGAUUUCUCUGCGAAUGAGCGAGGAACAGACGAGAUGCCAAAAACUCCAGCGAGAAGCAUUAUUGGGACUUUAGGAAAACUCACCGUGUGACUAACUGAAAGAAACAGAGAAGACCUGAAGCGACGAGGAGGCGCAAAGAGCCGCGUGCUUGUUCUUCACGAACUUUGCGGAGCGCUGUGACCAUGCAGCCUUUGAGCUAGUGCACGAUUAUUGUUUCCACUUAUCACCCUACCGAGUGACCAGCCUGAGAGAGGACGCCAGUCAAUAAGGAAAAGAAGACUAAUAAAGACAGUUGUCGUUGAAAGUAAUGGUCUGAAGACAUCACUCAUAGAACAGGAUUUUUUUGUUUUUUUCCUUCUGCGUUGCUCUGCUGAAGGUUUCUGGGAUCACUGGGACAUUCACGAGAGCUGGAGGGACACUCCACAUGGUCCAGCCGUAGAGUGAAAGUAGAGUUCUUCACAAUAUCCUAACAGGUGCCACGUGAUGAUGGUAGAAUCAGCAACUGAGACCAUUCGAACCACACCCUCCAAUCAAAAUGGAGUCAGCAGUCUUAGCAGCCAAUCAGAUGGCGGAGGAAGAGAGGGAGGGUCCAAUGGUGACACCAAUGGGGAGAUCAGCCCGGUGGACUUACUGCACCUUCAACAGCAGCAGGCCCUCCAGGCAGCACGCCAGUUCAUCCUCCAGCAGGCCACAGGACUCAACUCCCCCAGCAGCAAUGAGGUCAAACAGAGCCCUGUGCAGGUGCCGGUAUCCAUGGCGAUGAUGACCCCACAGAUGAUAACUCCUCAGCAGAUGCAGCAGAUCCUCUCUCCACCUCAGCUCCAAGCUUUACUCCAACAGCAACAAGCCCUUAUGCUGCAACAGCUGCAGGAGUACUACAAGAAGCAACAGGAGCAGUUGCACCUUCAGCUCCUUACCCAACAACAGCAAGCAGGGAAGCAGGCCAAAGAGCAGCAGUUGGGGAAUAAACAGCUGGCUUUCCAGCAGCAGCUGAUCCAGAUGCAACAACUACAGCAGCAACACAUUCUGAAUCUACAAAGACAGGGCCUGGUGAGCCUACAGCCGGGCCAAGGAGCAGUACCCAUUCAGAGCCUGCAGCAAGCCAUGUGUCCCACUGACCUGCAGCAGCUGUGGAAGGAUGUGACCGGUGUUCAGAGCACAGAGGAGGUCAUGAAGCACGAGGGCCUCGAUCUGACCACCAACAGCUCCAACACUACCUCAUACUCGGCCUCCAAGGUCUCACCUCAGAUCCCCCAUCAUCCUUUGCCAAAUGGACAGAACUCUGUGCACACUCCAAAGAGAGACAGAGCAAGACUCUUUGAGUGGAUCUCCUCCUUCACCAAGGAGUCCAGUGAUGAGCAUCUCACGCCUUAUUCCAAAGGCGCUCCCAUGCAGAGCACCCACUCGACUCACGAGGAACACACAGCCUCUCACCCGCUCUAUGGACACGGUGAAUGCAAGUGGCCUGGCUGCGAAGCGCUCUGCGAUGACAUGGGCCAGUUCAUUAAGCACCUGAACAGUGAACACGCCCUGGAUGAUCGCAGUACGGCCCAGUGCAGGGUCCAGAUGCAGGUCGUUCAACAGCUGGAGAUACAGUUGGCCAAAGAGAGCGAGCGUCUGCAGGCCAUGAUGACCCACCUGCACAUGCGUCCAUCAGAGCCAAAGCCUUUCCACCAGCCUCUGAACCUGGCCUCUAGCAUUUCGCUGUCAAAAAGAGAAACUGAGGGGUUUCCUGAGGGCUUGCCUCAUCCCCCCACCUCUGCCGCAGCCCCCAUCACCCCCAUGAGGCAGGGACCCUCCGUCAUCAGCUCCUCCAGCCUGCAUGGAGUUGGGCACAUCCGUCGGCGCAACUCCGACAAGUUCUGCACCCCCAUCGCUUCAGAACUUGCACAGAAUUGUGAAUUCUACAAAAAUGCUGAUGUCAGGCCUCCAUUCACCUACGCCUCCCUCAUACGACACGCCAUUCUGGAAGCCCCUGACCGACAGCUGACUCUAAACGAGAUCUAUAACUGGUUUACACGAAUGUUUGCCUAUUUCAGGAGAAACACAGCAACAUGGAAGAAUGCUGUGCGCCAUAACCUGAGUCUGCACAAGUGCUUUGUGCGGGUCGAGAAUGUCAAGGGUGCUGUUUGGACCGUGGACGAAGUGGAAUACCAAAAGAGGAGACCACCAAAGAUGACCGGAAGUCCCACUCUCGUGAAGAAUAUGAUUUCUGGGCUGGGAUUUGGCUCUCUGAAUGCCAGCUAUCAGGCUGCACUUGCGGAGAGCAGUCUUGGUCUUCUGAACAGCACCACCCUGAUGAACAACAGCACAGGUGCGAGCCUCAACAUGCUGCACAUCGGCCACGAUGAUGUCAGCAGCACUGUCGAACAAGUCAACAGUAACGGCAGCUGCAGCCCUGGCCUUUCUCCACAGCAGUAUGGACACCAAAUCCAUGUGAAGGAGGAGCCAGCUGAGAUGGAGGAGGACAGCAGACCCAUGUCCCUUAUGGCAUCUGUCACUCAAAACAUGAGCAUGCCCAUUGAUGAGCGCGACAUGGAGGAGGAGCUUCCCACAGAGGAGCUGGAGUAGGAGGAGGGCUUGAUGGAGGCGGAGCCUGUCCCUGUCCCUCCCUCCCUCAUAUUCAAGAUGUUCAAGAUCAAGUGAGAAACAAAGAUUUAAAAAACCAACUACAACUUCAAGAACCAAAACAGGGUUAGACCUCAUCAGUUCACAAUCCAAAAACACAUUUCCCCCUCUUAAUUUUUGUUUCUUCUGUCAGUAGCCUCAAAAAGGCCCUUUGAGCAGCUGUGCAUUGUGUCCUCCUGUAUUCUGAAACAUGGUCUGAUAGAAGUAUGGACCACUGUAUCUAAAGCUACUGAGGGAAACCUAACAUCAGUAUACAAGCUUACUCAUUUUUUUUUUUUUUCACAAGUCUCUCAAGGUUUCUUUACCUUAAGUCUUUUUUUAGCUUUAUUCUUUGUUCUUUGGGCCUGAGAACACUGCUUUUCUAUGGGAUAAAUACACAACGGAAAGAUGUUUGAAAGAGAUGACAAACACACAUCUUUAGAAUGACUUCUGAUUUCCACCGGAUUUUUGUACUCGUUCAAGGUGAUGCUGCAAGACUUUGCGGUCUCACGGAUAAGUUCACCACUCGCGACAAAGGCAAAGACUGAAAGGAAAUGAGCUGAAAGACUGGUGACAGCGUCCUUGGCCACCUGACCAACCCUUUUUUUUCUUUUUUGUCUCCCUUACAUGACUGGACUAGAGAAACGGGGGGCGUGUUCUGUCUUGAGGCAGUGUUAUCCUAUGAUCAGACUGCGGAUGCUUGCGCUGUCCCUAUCUUUAUCUGAUGGCAUCUGCAAGGAUCUGCCCAACUGUGUUUUUCCCCCUCGCUCUUUGUCAGACUAAACGUAGAAAAUGUUGCUACCCCCCAAAAAGGCAUAUUUCAGGAAAAGGAACUUUUUGGCUGUUGUUCUCCUGUGGUGCUGUUACGACAGCCAGACUGACACGAGGCUUGCGGAGGACCGGCUCAGAGACUCUAUUGACUGUAUCGUUGAUUAUAAUAUGUGUGCAGUAGCUUUCGAUUUCGAUUUUACUUUCAUAGUCAUCUAUUUCUAAAGGAUCGAUUUUUCGUUGUGAUGUAAUUCGACUAUUAUGUCUUGUUAAUGAUUGUUUUGUUUUGCUUUUUAAAUUCUCACAUCAUUCCAAAAAGGGGUUACAUUUGGGAGAGAAGUUCCAAAAUCUUUUAUUCUACAAACUCCACUCCAAUAGUCCUAAAUGUCCCAGCAUUGGUUCACGAGUAUUGAGGAUGGCACUUAGCGUUAAGUGAAAACUUUCCGAAAACAGAACCACGGAUGAAAUAUAAUGUGAAAUACCAACAAAACCACUCAAACAUUUCUAUAGCAGAGAGAAGAUGAUACUGAAGAGACAGAGGCGGAAUACGCACUGUAGGGCUCCCUGUAAGAUCCUGGAGGAAAAAAAAAAUCUCUUAUUUUUUUUUCUUCACAAAUUUGCUUAAUUUGUUCAUUUAUUUUGAAAUUUUUGAUCUUAUUUUCCCAGAUUUGCGCCAUUUCCCUUUCUCGUUUCAGAAUUUUCUGUUGUAGCCAAUUGAUAUCAGCUGCGAUACAAAAUAUUGCUUUAAGGUGAAAGAUAACAAGGUCACGGAAUACCUCAGACCACAGUGUUUGCCCCCUCACGCUGUUAUUACAAAGGGGAUUUGUACUGUGGCUAACCAACAAGGUGACUCUCACAUUAUCAGUUCAAAGUUCUAUAGUGACUAGAUAUAUAAAAGUUAUUUGCAGUUCACUGUGUGAGUAGAAAGUGUCUGAUUAGCAUGUGAGAUUUUGCUUUCACUGAACUUAAAAAACAAAACGGAAAAAAAAACGUUCUCAGUAGUGCCAUGCCAAAUUCCGAGUUUUAAUUUAAUAUAUGUUGCUUUUUUAGUUUUUUUUCCCCAUUUUACUUUUGUUACAGGUAACCAAAGAGAUAUUUAGUAAACCAAAAACUCUUUUUUAUUUAUAAUUUUCUUCUUCCUAAAGAACUGGCCAAAAGAACACAAAUGCGUCAUAUUUAAUUUUCCUCUUUUUCCAGUUAAAUCAUUUGUUUUUUGAAUUACACUACAGAGCAUUCCAAAAACCAAAGUGUAAAAUGCAAUUUUUUUUUUCUUUUUUUUUUUUAAGAAAACCGUUUUGUUAACCUUAUGAGUUCUUAACACUACAUAUGUUUAAAGGCCAAAAAACAAACCGAAAAGGAAACAAAAAGCAAAAAAAAAGCAGUAUUGACAUGCCUCACGCGGUUCUUUAGUUAACGUACAAGCACUUACAGUCUGAGAAAGGAAGCUCUCUACCCCAUCUUGUGCUCAGGCAAUUGCAGUGUUGAGUUGCAGUCUUCACCAUCUAAGAUUGCAAAGGACUUCACAUGCAAAAGGCACUUAAAUAACAGCUGAUGUCCUUUUGUGACAUUAGAAGCCAGCAGCAAUUACUCAGCAUUAUGGUUUACUUCAAUUACCAGUAUUUCACAAUUAAAUGCAGUUCAACGAAUACCAAAAAAAGCAGCCAUGCACUUGGUUGUUAUGCUUACCCUGCCUGUUGAACAGUAUUAUUUACCACACUAAUAAGGGAUGACUGAUAGGGACUAUAUUCUUUUCAAACCUUUCAAGUUUCCACUUUUUUUUAUGUUGGAGGAUCCUUCUUUUCGUUUUUUUAAGCAUGGUCUUACGUACCUGGUCUGUAUGCUCAUACACACCUUCGAAACACCUUCAAAGAAAUAAAACCAAAAAUAAUGCUACCUCCUUUUAAAAACGGUUCACAAAAUAGAUAGGCCAAUGAAAGUCACCAAUAGUCAUUCAAAAGGUGUAACUCCCUUCUAGUUUUUCAUUCAUCCACAAAAUACGGAAAAAAUCAAAUGCAAACACACAUUGUCGGGAAAAAACCAAAAUAUGUUUAUUCUUGCAUAGCUGUGAACAGACCUCGUAGAUUCUUCUUGAUUUCAAAUUCAUUAGCAUGAAUGGAAACAAAUAAACGAGACACAACGGGCUGGGGGGUGGGAGGGAUGGGAGACGACUACCUCUCCAUCCCCUCCAAAAAAAAAAAAAAAAAAAAAAGAAAUUGCUGAGUCCUGUUAAGUAUGAAGCAUUAAGUGGUCAACAUAUUUAAAAGGGUCUACUCCAAAUCACAUAUUCCCCACUUUAAGUGAUCUAUUAGCAUAGUGUCUAUGUACAGGUCCUCUGUGCGGAGGCUUAAUUGUGUGUUCUAAUUCCGCAUGCAUAAUGAGAGGCCAGGCCAAUGAGAGCCAUUGAGCUGGCCGGUCAUUAGAGCGUACUCAAUGGGCCAGUCAGUUGGGUGUCAGAAAUGAUGAUAGGCAGAAUGCAUUAACGCAGGCCACUCUCACACGGACCCCGCUUCCCAAUUAAUGCAAAGUGUAGCUUCGUGACGGCGGUGGAAAUACAGCACGCACACACACACACACACACACACAUAGACCAUCCCUAAGAGAUCCAUCACGCUCUGCUAAAACGGGCUUUAAUUUUUACCAUGCGACGAAACCAAAAUAUCCAAAGAGAACCAAUGAGCUUGUGCUACAAGAACUGAGGAUUGCGAAGGAAUUGAAAAACUAACGAAUGAAUUGCUGCAUUCACUAAAUGGACUACAAUUGUGCUUUAAGGUACACGUGUAAACAAAGCUGUUUUGUAAGAUGUGGACUGAAACGCAUCAGUGGUGAUCGCCAUGACUCCUUUGUUACUUUUACACACGUUGUAAUGAUGUAUUCUUGUAUAAUACCGCUCGGCUUAGCUCUCAAGGGCAUUCCCUCCUUUUUGUGUUUCCUUUUAUUUGUUUUCUUUUGGCUUUUCUUUUUUCUGCACCUGUUUUUAGCUGUUGUAAAGUUUUGAGCUCAGAAUUCCUAUACUGUAUUGCUUAUGCUAAAGUGUAUGUAUUUAUCAUAUUAUGUGCUGCAGGUAUCAUGGUUCAAUUUUGGUUUCCUUUUUUUGCGUUUCGCUUUUGUUUUCCCAGUUUUUUCUGUCAUAAAACGUCUGGGACGAUGAUUUGUUUUUAGUGUAUUAUCUCUCGCGAAAAAAAGACAGAUUAAGAGUUAGAUAUGUGGUUUAGGUAACACACCUGUUUGUAUAUUUAUCUUAGCUAGGUCUAUUUUGAUACUUUUUGUCUCGGUAGUGCAUUUAUGCAUUUUUAAGGAAAAAAGAUGGAAAACAAACUAAAAAGUUGAACUCAUUGUGUAAUGAUACCUCAGAAGGACUUUUCUCAUAAGACAGGACCAAAACUUCAGAAAAACAAUGAAAGAGAAAAAAAAAAAAAAACAUUGAAGAAAAAUGUGUAGCCCUCUCUUGCUUAUAAGAAAGAGCAACUUUAAGGUGUUUUUAUUAUUAUUAUUAUUAUUAUUGGUCCUUUUAGGUGCCAAUAUGUGUACAGACUCCCUUUAAAGUCAAAUCAUUCCUUUAUUUACCAUGAGCACUCAAAGCUGUCUCUCAUAAGGCAACAGCGCUCCAAAUUUGUAUAGAAAUUGUCUGAGAAAGUGGCUCUAUUGGUUGGAUUAUGCCUAUAUAGAGCGUCUUUCUUAUUUUCUGGCUCCUCUGCACCCUUGUGGCUCUAAAAUGCCAUGCUUUCAGGCACUCAGAUAAAAGUCACACAGGCUAUUUUUGACCACUGUUUGCUGUGAACUUGGAGUGGCUUUUCCACAGUAGCAUACCAAAUAAGCUUGUGAGAAGGCUUUUAGAAAUGAAAUGCAGUUCAUCUUCAGUGACCACCAAAGGGAUUGUGGAUAGAUUUUUUGUAUUCCAAAUCGAACAAGUCUGCCACAACUGUAACCAAACAGAUGCGUGAUGAAGGUGACAGCAGUAUUUUAUGUCUUCUCCACACCCUGACGCCGCCUCAGAGCUCCUUUGCCCGGUGAUGAAUAGCUUUGAGCUGCUGUUUUAUAAGUAAAGGACCCUUGAAGGGAAGCUUUUGCCUGAUGGUAUUAACUUCUUUGGCCAAUCAAAUGGAACUACCACUUCGACUCCUCUCAUUGUAUUUUUACGAAUGUGUGUACAUUUCCAGCAGUGACUUAUGUACUUUAGUUUCAUUUUAACUUGUUUGUUUACUUCUUUCAUUUUUUUUUUUUUUUUUUUACAUUUGUUUUGCUUUUUCAGAUGAGACUUGGGGGAAGAAUAGGUGAUGGCUUUUGAAAUGGUAUAGAAAAUACAAUAAAAUAAAAAAGGCAUCUAGCCAUCCACCUUUGAUGUUCUAACCCCCGGUGACCAUGUUUAUGCCAGUCACUGCCGUUUUUCUUCAUGCUGUAUAGAAAAAGAAAAAAAAAACACACAUAUAUCUGUGUAUUUGUAACCUGAAUCUUCUUGUGUCUGUCCAUGCAGACAAUAAAAAAACUGUACAGUAGGUCUAGUUGCAUGUAAUCUGUACUAAUUAUUGACAAUGGCAUUAUAAAAUGCAAUAAAAAUACUUAUUACACUGUCA